UAGUUCAUUUCUUCUCUGACACGCUGUCGGUGCAGAGCUGCCGGGGCUGGUGGAUUAAAUUACCCGAAACAUGUAACCAAAAUUAUUUAUUAAAAACAAAGAUAAGCAGAAGUCACACUGAAGAGGUUUUUGUGUUGUUUUGGUUUGUGUUUUUGUUUCCACGAGGCCUGCGAAAUGGCGAGCGCGAGCGCGGAGUGAGUCUCGCGGAAGAAAGUGCCAUUCGGCUGCACCAUGCAGGGGAACAGAGGCCCCGGCCGUCUUCCCCAAUUAGUGACUCCGUCCAACGGAUCAGCGCCUUACACUAUGACCCGGGUCGUACCUGUGAGAUCUCCGCCCCCUGUCAAAGCCCUGCCUCCACCUCCAGCACGUCCGAAGCCACUGGCUCCGCCACCGGCACGACCGCCUGCCGUUCACCUUCCGGAAAUCCCCAACUGGCAGCAGAGGAAAAACACGUACAUCUGCACCGGGGUCUUCUUCGGCCUGCUCUUCUUCGUGAUCAUCCUCGUCAUCAGUCUCAGCUCCAGCCAAGUCCUCGAUAAGAACUGUCCUGACCACAACCUGACCCUGAGUGACUGGAACCCGGGACAAAACCCAAAAAAGGCUGUGGUGGUGCGUAAUGGACAACUGUUCAGGCUGACUGCAUCAGCAACCCUCCACUCCCUCACCAUCCAAUCAGGAGGGUCAGUGGUGUUUGCCGAUCAUAAAGAAGGUUCGUACAACAUUACUCUACGAACACACUACAUUUUGAUUGAAGAAGGAGGCGCCCUUCACGUCGGUGCCCCAAAGUGUCGCUAUCGUUCCCACGCCACCAUCACGCUGAUGGGCCGCUCAGACGAUGCCUCCGUUUCGCCCGUGCCCGGUUUCGGUCGCAAGUUUGUGGGCGUGCGUCCCGGUGGCACGCUGGAGCUCCACGGCCUGCAGCGGCCAUCCUGGACUCUACUGACACGUACCGUGCCUGCCACAGGCCUGGCAGCGGGCAGCUACGCCUUCCAGAGGAACUUCAGCCGGGGGAUCAACCUUCGCGUGGUGGACCAGGACACGGGUGCUUUGCUAAGGACAGAACGCUUCGACACGCACGACUCGCAGAACGACAGCAGGAAGCUGACCCAGAUGCUGCAGUUGCUGCCACGCGGGCGCAUCGUCGCUCUCGCCGUGGGCGACUCGGCCGUCAAGAGCCUCCUGGACGAGACCAAGAAUACCAUCCAGGGGCUUCUGGGCAGCCGCCAUGUCCGUGAGCUCAAAUACAGGCAGGCGUGGGCGCUGGUGUCGGUGGUCGGUGGAGGAAACGGCUCAUGCGUAGAGGAAGUACGUGAACACGAGAACCACGACACGGGGGGAAAGGCGCUGGCUCGGCGAGAUUUCGUCACUGUGGACGGCGUGCGAUUCUUCGUGUCCGCCUACAGCGAGUGGUGGAACGGUUACCCCAUUUCGGGAUUCCAGGUGGACGUGGUGGACCAGGUGAUCCUGAACGUACAGGACGACGUGAGCGGCUGGAGGCCAGGAGACAGGAUCGUGGUGGCCAGUACUGAUUAUUCCAUGCACCAGGCCGAAGAGUUCACACUGCUGCCCUGCCCCCACUGCACCAAAACACAGCUCCGGAUACAAGGGAAGCCUCAGUUCACUCACAUGGGUGAGAUCGUGGACGGCGUGGACAUGCGCGCUGAGGUGGCUCUGCUCUCCAGGAACAUCCUGAUCCACGGAGAGAUGGAGAGCUCCUGCUAUGGGAACAACUGGUGCCAGUACUACACCCACGACACCUUCGGAGGACACGUCAAGAUCCUGGGAAACUUCUCGUCAGUGCACAUGUCUCAGGUGGAGCUGAAGCACAUGGGACAGCAGGCGGAGAGGGACAGCCACCCGGUCCACUUCCACAUGUGUGGUGACGUGGACGAGGGCCGCGCCUACCUGGACUCUCUCUCCAUCCACCACUCGUUCUCCCGCUGCGUCUCCAUCCACGCCACCAACGGCCUGCUGGUAAGGGACACGGUGGGAUACGACACGCUGGGUCACUGUUUUUUCCUGGCGGACGGAAUCGAGCAGAGGAACACGUUUUACCACAACCUGGGAUUAGUGACCAAGCCGGGGACCAUCCUGCCCACGGAGCGCAACGACACCAUGUGCACCAAAAUACUCGACCGAGUACAUCCCGGAUACGUGCCGUCUCCCGCCACCGAGUGCAAGGCCGUGUCGACGUUUUGGAUCGCCAACCCAAACAACAAUCUGAUCAACAACGCAGCCGCCGGCUCACAGGACGCAGGAAUUUGGUACAUCUUUCACAAUUCCUCGACAGGAGACUCUCAUGGGCUCGUAACUGAGACCAAAGCUGAACUCACUCCGCUGGGGAUUUUCUACAACAACAGAGUUCAUUCCAACUUCAAGGCGGGGCUUUUUAUCGACAAAGGAGUGAAGACGAGCAACGCCAGCGCUGCAGAUCCUCGCGAGUAUCUCUGCCUCGACAACAACGCCAGGUUUCGUCCCCAUGAGAACUCUGACCCGACCAGGUUACGCGUGGCUGCUCUCAUCGACACGCUGAUCUCUUUUAAGAACAACGACCUCGGUGCCUGGAUCCGUGGCGGUGACAUCAUCAUAAGGAACUCUGGAUUUGCAGACAAUGGUGUCGGACUGUCAUUUGCAAGUGAUGGCAGUUACCCUAAGGACGUGGGCUCCAGUCAGGAGGUGUCCGAGUCCAUAUUUGUGGGCGAGAGCGGGAACCGCGGCACCAACGGAGGACAGAAUAAAUACUGGGGUGUUGGAGGGGUGGAUGGCAAUCCGAGGACACUGCCCCGAAACAAGACGUUCCCCAUUCGCGGGUUUCAGAUCUACGACGGACCGGUGCGGCUGAUGAGGAGCACGUUCAGGUCGUACACGCCGACUCCGGACCGUUUCACCACUGCUGUGGGCUUCAGCCUCAAAAACGCCUGGCAGCUCACGCCGAGGAACAACCUGUCCUCGCUGUCCUUCCUGCCCAGCGUGACCCUUAGGGCGUUUUUUGGCCGUCCUGGUCAGUGGUUUGAGGACAACGAUUUGGACGGGGACAAAAACUCGAUCUUUCACGACCUGGAUGGCUCGGUGAGCGGCUACCCCGACGUGUACGUGGUGAGAGCGGACAACUUCCUGCUCCAACACCGUGACUGUGUGAAGGUGCCGCAGUGGAACGGGUGUGUGUGCAGCGGUCGCUACGCUCAGGUGUACAUAAAGACGCAAGGCGUGCCCAACCUGAGCCUGUCAAUCAUCAGGGACGAGUAUCCUGAUAAGCCCUUGGUGUUGAGGGGCAUUAACAGCCAGACUGCACUGUCGCAGCAGUACCAGCCCGUUCUGAUGCUGAGCAAGAGCUACACGCUGCACUGGAACGGCCGUGCACCGAAAGAAAUCGUCCUCUUACUCGCCAACUUCGACCCAGGCGACUGGGCGCUCUUUGGCCUCUGCUACCCUCCAGACACGGUCUUCCAGGUGAUGUCGGAUAUUUAUGACCGCCAGAACAACGUGUUCGAUGGAUUGGAGGACUACGGCCCCGUCUCCUCCCUGGCCGAACUGGAAAAGCACAGACAGGACAGGAAGUACUUUUUCGACCGGGACGCUGGUUUGCUGUGGUUGUACACUCGGGCACGGCAUCCCCGUAACGGCCACAGUUACUGCUCUACCCGAGGCUGCGAGCGGGUGAAGAUCAUUGCCACCAUGAGCACCAAACAGACAACAUGUAACUGCACCGCUGCUGCUUACCCCAAGUACACCAAGGAUCCCAGUGCAUCAGUGCCCAUGCCUGCGCCAGUCACACAGCCCUGCAACAAAUGUGGAGCCUCAAAGCUGGUCUUCUCCAGUGACCCGUGGAACAGCUACCUCCAAACACAGAUCAAAUCCCUCAGUGUCGCCGAUGAGCAGAAGAACGACACGCGAGCCUUCAUCACUGUAAACUCCAAACAGUUCAACCUCAGUAAAACCGGCUUCCUCGCCGUCACCGUGGACGCCUGCACCGGCAAAGUCCUCAAGAACGUGUUUUUUCUAAAGCGGGACUCCAAAAUGGAGCAGUACUUCAGAGCUGAAAUUCCAGCACGGUCGAUUGUCCUGCUGGCCUCAAGAGGACAACCUGAUGAGUUUGCUGGUGUUGCGCAGUGUCUCGUCCCCCUGGGAGCGGCCAAAGUUGCAGACCUGCAAGGGAAAGGGAGUCUGUCGUUUUUUGGCUUCCAGGGAGCAUCGUCGCCUCCACCCUGGGUCUCCCUUCAGGUGAAUCGGGGUCAAGAGGUCAUAGAAAAAUAUAUCCCGCUCUCCCUCGAUGAAUAUUCGUGCACUCGAGACGCGGAGAAACCACAACGGAAAGAUCUAGAACUGCUGGGGAAAGCUCGGAGUUAAGACCGUACAAUGUGAACACAACAGGCAAAAGAUUGAAUGUGAAUUUAUGAACUGUUAUUUAUUUAUGGCGAACAAAAACACCUUUUUUUUGGUGGGGGAGGGGUAUUUUAUAGAGUACACUGUGUGUUUGUGAGUGUGUGUGUGUUGUCCUGUGUUUGUAUUUUGUCUCUAAUGGCACCGAGUGUUGCACUUUCAGGAAAUUCAACCAAACCAUCAGCAGGAAAGAUCCAAAUCAAACCGUACAGCAACAGCAGGAAAUUUUUUUAAAAAAAAAUCCCAUUUGACUGCUUGUGGAAGGAGCGUAAAUUCUGGAGCCGAAACAUUUCAACGGUCGAAACAGGUGGAAAAGCGGUUAAAUCGCCAAAAGAAGUAGAAAAACAAACACUUCAUGGGCAUGAACGUGUAACGCAAACGCUUGCACAGUAGACAAACAGGAAACACACUUAAGCAUCCAAACAAAUGACGCCAACCAAAACAAGUGGGAAACACAAACACUUAACCAGACAAGACAAGUAGAAAUCCAACACUUGACCAGUUUGAACUCGUUAAGAGAGAGGAUGGAGUCAGGGACGGUGUUUCAGGGUAGGUUUCAGUUGAAUCUAACCUCAGAGCCGUUUUAAGAAAACGUCUUCAACACUAGAACGCACGGAAGACGUCGUAAGCAGCCGUUGUGAUGGUGGUUAUUUUCCAGUGUACCGUAUAAAGAGUGUCAUGGCGGCGUGGGCUUCGUCUUCCCAUUACGGAGUGCGAGCGUGCUUCGAUUUCACUCUGAGAAACGACUGCGGCGUGGCUUCCAAACGCGAGAACGUAUUAUUAAAGAGUAAAGUUAACGGCGUUCUCUGCGACGUGCAGCUAGAGGUUGUAUUUCAUUUCGGUCAGUAAUCACCAACAACGUUCCUGCAGAUCUUCCUUCUUAAAGAAUUCCCUAAUCCAACACAGCAGUAGAUCCGAGUUCUGCUCUUCAUCCAAAUCCAAUCUGAUGUACACCAGAUUCAAUAAGCGUAAUCAUUCCAGACAGACUUACUGCGUUCUUUCCUUCUCAAUACAGCUAUAUUAAUAAUUCAGUACGCGGUCUGAAUCAUCAUUCUGUACCGUCGCUGUAUUGAGCUUCUAUAACUGCGACUCCCAUGCUGACUCCCUGGUGAUGAUCAGUGAUCAGUGAUGAGUGAUGUAGACCCCUGGAGAGGACGUUUAAAAAGUUCCGCUUACAGUGAUGCCAGUGGAGGCGACGGUGCUGUCUCUCACAUCCCCAUGAUAACCUUUUAAUUAAAGAUCCCGGUCCAUAGCGGAGGAUCAUGAACUCGAACGUCUUGAACUGAGCUGGGGAAUUUUGUGAACAGGGCCCAGGUUAUCGGGAGCAGGUUGUGUUGGAUUCGGAAACGGAAACGUGUAUGAACGGAGAUCUUUUGCGACGGUGCUGGUGACUAGGUUAGCCAAGUUGUUGAUUUUUAUAUAGAGCUGUCUUACUAAAUGCUAAUUAGGCAGCAGGCUGUUACUAAAUGCGCAACAAAUAAGGCAGAUAUAUAAUGCUCAGUUGAGAUGAGUGACUUCUUCGUGACGCGGUAUUUGUUUAAAUGGAUUUGAAUAAUAACUGCUGUCAAACACUAGUGUUUUUUAAGAUAGCCUUAAACGCUCUCCUCUGCACACAAACCCAUCUUAAAAGACAUCACUGUAUCUAUACUUGAGCUUUCUUCACCGCUCGGGUUUUGUUGGAUUCACUCCUCCAUCUUGUUUUCUACGUUUAUUUAUUAUUCUGUCAUUUCUCGUCGGACAGUACAGAACCGUUAAAAGAACUGCUGCUCGGAAACACUUCCCGACCGAACGUAAACGUCUCAUAGUAGGCAUGUGCUGACGUUAAACUUCACAUCCUGGUCGCUGCCAAAGGUUUUCGUUUCAAAAUGUGUCUUUAACUUAACAGAAAGAAGUAGAAACAUGUAUUAACGGGAAAUGCUGGCUUUACAUUCGUGACGAAUUUAGGAAUUUCAGAAGACUGCUAUCUAUAUGCUUUUAUUUCAAGAGUCAAAAAAAAGCCACCCACUCGGUCAGUCUCCAAUCACCACAUUUUAAAGUAUCCACAAUAACUAUCAUCUGUAUUGAACAUGUGUACACCACAGCCAUUUGAGAAUUAAAUGAACGUCGUGGAACGGCUACGAAACAAGUUAUACGUUAUAACAGUUACCAACAGUCAUUUCCUCACAAGCCUCUCUCUCUCUCUGUCUCUCUCUGUUUGUCUCUGUGUGUGUGUUAAGAGAGAAAAAUAAAACAGGUUGUCAUGUUACUGAGAAACUGCCACGUGCAAACUUGUGGGAAACCUUAGUUACAGCCUUACCUCCGUGCUGGCACUGGAGACUCCUUAACUGUUUCUUUACAGGAAACUCUGACCAAUCAGACGCGAGUAUUCAGCAGCGAUGGUGUAUAACUGAUUAUCGGAGCAUACCUAAGAGUAUUUACAAUACAGUAUAUCUCACUGUGCUGGAGCGGGACGCUUCAUACAACCCAGAUGCUCACUGUGCUCGUGCCAGACCUGAAAUGAACAUACUGUUAGAGUGCCUAAGAACAAAACCCGUCACCUUUCUGAUGUCUUCAGCGUUCCUUUUCUAGUAAAUUAAAUGCCACAUUGUUUGUAUUGCUUUAGGGAAACCUGCCUGCUUGUUAACCACUGUAUUGUUAAAGAUAGCUCUAUGAUAGUUGUUGUAAAAAGGUGUUGGGUUUUGUAGUGGUCUAAAGAAGCGUGCCGCAUGUGUGAGGGGCUUGUGAACCGUAUACGAGUGCCUUUUGCCUUUUUCCCCAAGUAUUAUUUUAUACAUGUUCAGAUGAAAGGUUUGUUUUCUAUAGUACUGCUUUUAUGCUGCAAUUUUGAUAAAACAUUUAUACCUUC